AUGACGGACCAUCUGACGCCCUUCGUGAUCUCGCACUACGACGUCUUCGAGACGCACAUCCUGAGCAGGCUCAACACGCCCGAGAUCGCGCGCGCGCGUUGCCCUUGCGGCAACGAGGGCGCGAUACCGGCGAGUUUCGUCGGCAACCUCGUGUGCUCGCAGCUGAACAGGACGUUUCGUAGUCUCGUGCCCAAGUAUCAGGACGCGUGCGAAUCCCACGAGCGCGACGAGGGUCGCGAAUUACCGGGCGAAGACGCGAACACAGCGGUUCAGAACACAGCGUUUCAGAUCUCGCUGCUGUUGCAGACUUCGGUGUCGAUACGAAAAUGGUUGGCCCCGUACGCGGGGCAUCGCUGCGAGAUGGACAUCUCGCAGUGCGCGAAUUGCAAGAAAUUCCUGUGCGAUUAUCAUCACUUGGCGCGAUGUAAAAAGUGCGAAGCCGUGGCGUUGCUGUGUCGACGGUGCAUGACGCUCACGGGGGGGACGGUGCUUCUCGAUUGCCACGUCACGCCGAAUUUACUUCGCGAGCAUUGCUAUCGUUGCGCGCACGGCGUGCUGAAGGCGUGCGCGAGGUGCCACGACACAUGA